GGAAUGAGUGAUGUUGAUGGAAACCAAUGGUUGUUGCAGCUGAAGCAGUGGUGUACCGUAUAAGGAGAAAGGGAAGUUAACUGCGUGCGGUAGCUGUUAGUAAUAUGAGUGCGGAAGGGGUGCAGCUUGAAUUGGAUGCAGGUUAUUUCAUUUCCUCGGCCAGGAGGCGCCUCUCUACACCUGACUGAAUAGAUUUUCACAAAGUUGCAAAAAUGCUGAGUUUGGGAAGUGGGGGAGGAAAAUCUACAAAGCCGUCUUUUGUCUCUUAUGUCACUCCAGAGGACAUGAAAAUAAAAGAAAAAGAGGAGGGCUUAAAAAGAUCAAAGCAUCCAGAUUUACUGCCAGGUGAAGUGGUGUUCUGCAGUGCGAACCAUGUGCUGAAGUACACCCAGGAUGAUGUGUCACAGCACGGCGUGUACGGGACUCUGCUCUGUACCAACUUCAAGAUCGCCUUCAUCAGUGACGAGACCUCUUCACAAGAGACGGCACCUCCGUUUAGGAAUAAACUUUUAAGAGAAAAUGAUAUUCCCCUGACUUGCGUGGACCACAUCUACGGAGUGAAUGAUGAAAAGAAAAAGCUGAUAAUAGGAUGUCAAGUUAAGAGCAAGUACCCUUCAAAACUCAUAAUCCAGUGUAAGGAUCUGAGAGUCUUUCACUUCUCGUUGACAUACGCAAAAGAAGAGGAAGCUAAAAAGAUAUUCCAAGGAAUUGUUCACCACAGCCUUGAACCCAAGUCUCUCAAAUGUGUUUUUGCUUUUUCUUACUGUGAAACAGCAUCACCAUCCCAAGCCUCUCGGAAAAGAAGUUUGACUUCAAUGUUUGAAACAAAAGAGGACUGGAGCAUGGAGCUGGGCCGCACUAAAGGGAAUUGCAAAGUGUCGAGUGCCAAUGAGCAUUAUGUUAUCUCUGAGAAGCUGCCACAGUUCUUUGUCGUCCCCUUUGCUGUUUCAGACGACGAUAUUUUGAGAUUCCUCGGUAAAGGAAUACCUUUCUGGUGCUGGUCCCAUCACAGUGGCUGUGCUCUUUUUAAAAUGGCUUGUUUACCUGCCAUUCAGGAGGAUGGUAUUUCACAGAAAUACAUGCACAGGAUGCUUGAUGCAGUUACCCAGGACCAGCUCUGUCCAGUGAAAGUAGAGGACCUGUCCAGCUGCCUCCCUGCCCUUCAGGACCUCCAGCUGUCAUACAACAAGUUCAAACAGCUCUUCCUCAUUGAUAGUACUGCUGAAUUUUGGGUAUCUGAUAUGAAAUGGUUUUCUUCAUUGGAAAAUUCUGGCUGGCUGGAAAUCAUCAGGCAGUGUCUUGUGAAAGCAGUUGAGAUUGUAGAUUGUCUGGAAAGUGCGCACACCAGUGUAUUGAUCGUAGAGGAGCACUGCUCAGACCUGUGCUGCGUGCUGUCCAGCCUGGUCCAGAUUAUGCUGGAUCCAUAUUACAGAACCCGCUCCGGCUUCCAGAGCCUCAUUCAGAAAGAGUGGGUGGCAGGCGGCCAUAGCUUUCUCGAUCGUUGCAACCAUCUUUACCAGAAGGAAAAGGAGGUACCCGCUCCGGUGUUCCUGCUGUUCUUGGAAUGUGUCUGGCAGUUACUUCAGCAGCAUGCUCCUGCAUUUCAGUUUUCAGAAACAUACCUGACUGUCCUAUCUGACAGCAUCCACAUUCCUCUCUUCAGCACGUUCCUCUUCAAUUCUCAACACCACAGAGACACAGCUAUGAAGCCAGGUCACCCUGAAGCACAAAGGAGCCCUUUGAAUUUCCCCUCUGUGUGGGAUUGGUCAGUGCAGUUCGAUUGCAAAGCCCAGUCUCUCUUCACUAACCCCCUUUAUGUGGAGAAGCCAAUACAAGACAAAACCCUGAGGAAAACUUCUCACCAAAAACACCAAAGACAGCUGUCUUUACCAAAUGCCUUGUCCAAGCCUUCUCCAAAAAAGGGCUUCUUUAAGGAAGAAACAGAUAACCUCAAAAAGAUUUUUUUAGGCAAGAGGAUCGGCAAAUGGCUGAACCCAACGGAGAGCUCCAAGGAGUUGUAUGAGUCCUGGCAGAGGAAGCCUCUGGAUUACCAGGGCCUGCUACUGCCCUGUCUGGACGGCCCGGCCAUCCGAGUCUGGAUACAGAGGUACCUGCGCUGGGUUCCAGAGGCCCAGAUCUUUGGAGGUGGCUCAAUCACGACUGUCAACAGAGUCUUGGAGCUGGCUGGCGAGAUCCAGAACCUGCAGAAGGAGGUCGAUAGGCGCUCCUGCAGAAUGAACUCUUCCAUUGCGUGGACGCCGGUCUACUCGGGCCCUCCUUUGUCUGCCCGCCUCUCUUCCUUCCCCUUCACUGCCAUGCAUGCCUGGUCUUUCAAACCUGCCAUACCAAGCAGCAUUCGGCAGAGUCUGGGCUCAGUGAGCAGCCUGGCUGACAAGGAGGAUGAUGACUGUCAGGUGUCAGGUGUGCUUUAAGAGACACACAAUCCAGUUGCUUUCCAUUGCCGUGUUUAAGAAUCAGCGAGAGGAGGCUGUUAGUCCCAUUCAAGCUCAUCCUGGUUUCUACUUUCUGAUUUGAAAAAAAUCCUUGCGCAAAGAUCUUCACAUGUAAAAAGAGGAGCAUAAGAAUCCAGAACAGUUCUAGAAUUCCGUGACUAAUCGGUGUUUCUGUUUGUCUUAACCCUUCAUAUGGAUGCUUGUCAUAUAAACAUGUUUGUAGAGUUAAUGAGCCCUACAGUCUCUGUCAUUCUCCAUGUCUAGUAAAAUAGGAUUCCUGGGGCACAGUGUGCUACUUUUGUGGAUAGUUUAUCAUCUUGUUCACCAGUUCUGUUCCCCACAGACUGUUUUAAAUUGGAUUAUGUUGUAGGCUCCUGCAGGGAGUUUGAAUCGAUACAGGAAACCUUGUACUCUUUUAAAAUUUUUAUCUUAAUCACGCAAGGACAUUUUUAUAUACAAAAAAAAACAAUUGGGUCCUAAAAAGCUAUUUACCUUUGUUUUUUAUAAGAAUAAUAGCAGAUUGCUUAAUACAUUCACCAAAUAUAAUGCACAAGUAUUUACACUUCAAUGCUGCACAAUAAUUCUGUCUUGCCUUUGGUUGUAUGUACUGUAAGUAAAAGAAUUCACAUUCUAGUUUGAAACUACCUUCUUAAAGGUUGCUUUUGACUGCAUUUUAAAUGGUAAUUGAUGCUCGCUUUACAUGUUAAGGUGCAAUCCUUUUUAAUGAAGAAGAAUAAUAAUAAUAUUGAUCUAAACCUUGUUAUACAGUAGAAAUGCCGUGCAGAAAUACCAUGUUUUAUUUGUUCAGCUGCAGCCUGGUCAUGGCUGCUAUGAAUAUAACAAAGAGGUUAGUAUCCUGGCCAGCUAUAUAGAACAGUGUGCACAUGUAUUAGAACACCUCAUUGUUUCUAUAUUGCUGACAUGAAAUUGAAAUUCUCACACCCACAGGUUUUCAUACAGGCAGGCAUUGUGGUUUUUUUUAAAUUUUGUUUUAUUGAAACAAUACAAAACCAUUAAUGAAAAUGCUGAUCACAUUUAACUUUAAGUGACCCUUUAAAAGCACUUUUAAAUUUGGAUAGGAUAAUAAUGUUUUAACCAAUUAAAUGUGCACUGACUUUUUUUUUAUGAAUCAAUGUAAACAGAGUUGUGAAUAAUGUCAAUGCUGUGUGGUGGUUUAUGCAGCAAGUCCUUACACUGUUCUCUUUUUCAUUGGCUGCUUCAUGUCUUUAAUACUACUGGUGUAUUCUCUGAAUAAUAAUACCAUCAAUUCUACAUGUGUAGAGGUUGGGGUGGCAUGUAAAUGCAGAUUCUGAAACUCUGUCUGCGACAAGAAUUUCUCCCUUAAACGGUCAAUUAUGCGGCAGUAACCAAAUUUAAAGUUGUGGUAUUCCACAAUUAACUAUCUUCUUUCAUGUCCGUUAACAUAGCCUGCUGUUAAAUGUGUUCAAAUAAAUGAAACGUAUGAGGCACCUUUUUUAACGAUGUGACACUUGCACUCUUAUGCUACGCACACGUCACUUCAUUAAAGCUGUGCUGUUUACCAGCCGUUAUCUUCCUUUCUUUCUUUGUCGUCACACGUGUGUGUCAAGGAAUGAAAGCCUUGUAACUGUGCCUUUGCACUGUAACAGAAAGGGGCCUCUAUGCAGGGUGAACCUGAGUUUUGCUACUGCUAUGGUAAGUUUACAUAAGCUAUACAAGAUCAAUAUCCUAGAGAUUUUUUUUUUUUUUUUUAUAGAUGGUUUUUUGUUUAAUCUCCUAUUCAUGUGUACAACUGUAUUAAAUCACAGUGAUAAACACUGAAAUGACUGUUUUAUAGCACAGCACUGAUGAUGAUAUGAACGGAAAUAAAAAAAAAAUGAGGACCUUUGUUUAGCUUGGUGUGUAUUGUUGGAUAGUGUAGCGGUUGAAGGAUGUAUUUUUUUUUUCAUGUGUACGUUAUGUAAUUGCUGUUAUUAAAGAUUAAUUGAUCUUGUUUUCAGUAGACACUGAAAACAUGAACGUUUGGUUUUGUUUUGCUACUUUGCACGUUUGUAUCCAAAAUGUAAUUACCUUCAUGUGUGCUAAUAACAAAAAUAAAUAAAAACUGCCAGCAAAAACAGCAGAACAACAGCAUAAACAAAACUUAGACAAACUAAAAUGUCUCAUAACAACAAUAAACAGUAUAUUUGUCCUGUC